CAUUUGUAGAGAGAGGAAAUAUGGAUGGAGAGAGAGAGAGGCAGAGACAGAGAGGGCUCGGUCUAUAUGCUCUCUAUGUAUUUCAAGAAAUUCCAUAUUCUUCUGAACCCUCCAAAAGACAAACAAAACAAUGAGGACAAAAACAACCUCUUGUAUUGUUGCCAAAGCAGCUAUGGAAAAGUCCUUCAAGACAAGAGCUUUAAUUCCAAUUGACUCACUUUCCAACAAAACCUUAGACCACCAAACCAAACCUGCUUUUAGUGAUGAAACCACUCUGAUGGAAAAAGAGAUUUGAGUUACCAAGUUUUUCCAAUUUUCUUAAGGAGUCUUCUGGGACUUCGAUGAAUUUCAAAACCCAGUUGGGAAUUUUAAUUUAUUGCUCUGUUUGAUCUGUUUUCCUCAGGAGAAUUUUAGCUCUACUUUUACUGGGGGCCUUAGCUUGCUCUGACUGUUAAUGGCAGGAAUGAUCCAAGAGCGACCAUCUUCUGUGACUUCACCACCAGUUCCGUUCAUCCCCUGGAUGUCGCUGUCUCCUGGUUUAGGUUCGCCAUUCCCAUGGCUCCGGGAGCUCAAAUCUGAGGAGAGGGGUUUAUAUCUGAUCCAUCUUCUUGUUCAAUGUGCUAACCAUGUAGCUGCCGGCAGUCUUGAGAAUGCCAAUAUUGGCCUAGAGCAAAUAUCACACUUGGCCUCUCCUGAUGGAGAUACCAUGCAAAGAAUUGCUGCUUACUUCACCGAGGCACUUGCUGACAGGAUGCUCAAAGCAUGGCCUGGUCUUCACAAAGCACUGAAUUCCACAAAAAUAUCAUCAGUGACAGAGGAAAUUCUUGUUCAAAAAUUGUACUUUGAGCUAUUCCCCUUCUUAAAGCUUGCAUACGUUAUUACAAAUCAGGCCAUUGUAGAAGCUAUGGAGGGGGAGAAGAUGGUUCAUAUCAUAGAUCUCAAUUCCUCUGAGCCCGCACAGUGGAUCAAUCUUUUUCAGACAUUUAGUGCAAGGCCAGAAGGGCCACCCCAUCUGAGAAUUACAGGCAUUCAUGAACAGAGAGAGGUGUUAGAGCAAAUGGCCCUUCGGUUGACAGAAGAAGCUGAAAAAUUGGACAUCCCAUUUCAGUUUAACCCAAUAGUUUGCAAGUUAGAGAAUCUUGAUCUAGAAAGUUUGCGUGUCAAGACUGGAGAAGCUCUUGCAGUCAGUUCUGUGCUUCAGCUUCAUUCCUUCCUGGCUACUGAUGAUGAGAUGCUUAGAAGGAACAUUAACUCACCAUCAGUGUCUAAGAACCUCAAUAGUAGUCGACCACAUAGAGUCUUGCAGAUGAACCAACGUACUUUAGGAGAGUGGCUUGAGAAAGAACCAGUCCAUACAUAUAGCCCAAGUUCUUCGGACUUAGCAUCACCAUCACCAUCAUCCCCGCUGUCCCUAGCUCCAGCACCAAAGUUGGGGAGCUUUCUAACUGCACUUCGGGCACAGUCACCAAAACUUAUUGUAGUAACCGAGCAGGAGUCCAACCAUAAUGGCCCUACUUUAAUGGAGAGGGUAAUGGAAGCAUUGAAUUUCUACGCUGCGCUCUUCGAUUGCUUAGAGUCCACAGUAUCAAGAGCACCGCUAGAGCGACAAAAGGUUGAGAAGAUGCUUUUUGGAGAGGAAAUUAAGAAUAUUAUAGCAUGUGAGGGUCUUGAGAGAAAGGAGAGACAUGAGAAGCUUGAGAAAUGGAUUCUGAGACUUGAGUUGGCGGGCUUUGGAAGGGUGCCUUUAAGCUACCAUGGCAUGUUGCAGGCAGGAAGGUUGUUGCAGACCAAUAACUAUGAUGGUUAUAAGAUCAAAGAAGAGAAUGGGUGUUUGGUUAUGUGCUGGCAAGAAAGACCCCUAUAUUCAAUGUCAGCCUGGGGGUUUAGGCGGUACGAUUAAGUUGUUACUCACUUUGUGUGUGCUUGUUUCCUCCUUUUUUCGUGUUCUUCUCUCUGUAAAGAAUAUUAAGUUUUUCUUCCUCUGAAAUAUAAAAGUGUUCCAAUGAAAAG